CCGCGAUUUCCGAAAGUUAAAUUUGUUUCAUAAAAAACGAUACAAAAACACGAUUUAUUUAAAACUGUUUUGAUAAAUUCUCGAUUUAAGCAGCUCAAUACUAGCUCUUUAGCCACCAUAGGUUUAACUUCCACAAUUCCAGUGCCAUGGCUGACUUCGAGAAACUGCAGCAAGAAACUAGAUCCCAGAUUGAAAAACUCCGACAGAGCCAAAGCAGGUGUCGUCACAUGGUCGAAAAGGUCAAAGAAAAGGAAAACGUUCAAGGUCGAGGUUCAAAAAGACACCUUGAAGACGAUGAUGAGCGAGCAGCAAAGGUCAAAAGGAGAUCUUGUGAAGACCAAGUGACGGCUAGUGUUAUACUGCCCUCUAGUGCUAACGCAAGGAAACAGCUGAAGAGACGGAGUAGAUCUCGUAGCGGCUUGCGGUUACGAGAGUUGAAUGCGUCGCUCAAGAAGUACAGUCCUGUUCUUGGUGUGAAGAACAAAAAAACAUUCACCAGCACUCCUGUGGGAACGCCGCAGAAAGUUAAGAAAGUUGGAAACCAUACCCCGAAGUCAAUUCUCAAACGGCGCCAACUUAUUGAAAGAAAUGUGAAAGUCAAAUCUAAGCUGAGAGAUACAAGUUUGGCUGCUUCUCCCAACAUGAAUGAGAGCAAGAGCCUGAAUUUUUCUUACUCGACCACAGGGAGUCCCAGCCAAGUUACGAGCCACCGAUACAACACCAGGCAUUCCUCAACCGCCAGAUCACAUGAUAGGUCAGGUGGUAUCCAAGAUGUUUCGACUGCGGAGGAGUUGAUGGAUGACCCAGGGAAUCAGAGACGGCCUCUCGUCCACAAGAGGGAUUCUACUAAGAGAUCAAUACUCUGUGAGCCACUCACUAGAAAGCCAGCUAACAGGGUCACUUUCAAUGAGUCACUCUCCAGGACAUACUCCAACCUGUAUGAUGAAGAUAACCCCCAAGGCCGACCUCCCCUACUUGGAUAUGAUUGGAUAGCUGGUAACCUUGACAACGACCAAUCAGUUGUCAACAAGCCGGAUGAAUACUUUGAAGAAUUGAGGCAGUUCCGUCAAACAAAUAAACAGGAUUGUGUGUCGAAGCCAGAAUUCCCUGCGAGGAAGCUAUCAGACUCCAAUGGGCCUGCCUCUCCUGACGUACAGGAUCCAAGUCACACUUGUAUUCACACGUAUGUUGUCGACAAGCGUCUCUUCACCGUCCCAAUCAACAAACGAGAUGACGGAAGCAGCUACUGUCCCAUCUGCCGGAAACCAAGAUCCGAACCCACAGCGGCAGAUCCUGGAUUUGUCCGAAUCAGCCUCCCUAAAUCAGCUCUUCGAGAUAAUGAUUAUAAAGUGAAGCCCCAUCGUAGACGGAGUUAUGAUCCAUCAGAUUCAUGUGCCCUGUCAGAGCAUUGCCUGGCUGGUUGGCAGAGUGCGAAACCAGCGACCAUCAAGGCUGCGUCAAACAUGGACUUGAUGUAUGCUUCCAAAGGUAUCAAGGGACAGCUAGCUACUACCCAAAGUGAAGUCGAAAAGAUUGUUCGAGAACAAAAAGAUGCCUACCAUAUCCCAGAACCCCUCAAGAAGUCCCAGCUCCAGGUGUACGAAUUACGUGAGAGAAGAGCUAAUCUUGCAAAUCCGAUGAAAUCGCGUCGCGAAAAGACGGAUGAACUGUUGAAGACGUCACAUGCUCUGAGGCAUCAUCUGCAGGUCCUGGACAGGAAACAGAAUCCAUCAGAACUUGCAGCAAACUCCACUCAGUAUCCUGUGUUGUGAAAACCUGGGUGGAGGGUGUUUACGAAUGUGUUUGGAGGGAAAUGAGGAGUUUCAUUGCAAAACGUGAUACAUCAAAUCCAAAUUGGUUGUGAUCAUGUGUUUUGGCUUCUCUCUAUUUUGUCCACGACAUGCAUGUGAUUAAUCUCUGCUACUGUAUAUUGUAUAUGUUUGCUGGUCCAAACAUAAUAUGUAAUUAAUAUUGGAUAGAUUCAAGCACUAUGUGAAAUUGUUUGAUUGUACCAGUCUGAUUGUACAGAACAGAAUAUAUGCCGGUAUAUUUUUAG